AUGUGUAGGCAUAGGGUCGCGCGGCAAUUCAAACGUCCUCCGUUGCGCCAAGACAGCGAGCGAUUGGUGGAGGGUGCAGACGCGCUAUGGUGUCUGGGCGAGGGUGAUGGGAAAAAGGAGGACGAGAAGUGGAGGGAGGUUGGCGACUGGCUUCGACGGCUGGAAACAAGAAUGUUUCGACUGUUUUCGUUGCUCCUCGUGCCUCCACCAACCCUUUCUCUUUCAUUUUCCGUCCUCCUCAUUUUGCGCUUCAGCCUUUUUCCCCCUUUCUUUCCAGUUUUCGAAGAUUUUCACUUAUUGGUUUAAUAAAUAAAAAUUGGUAUCGAUCUUCAAAGGUCCCACGUGAUGGCGCGAGCAAAAAUAGUCUCAUAUUUCGUGUUGAGAAGUUAAUAUUUUAUCCAAAUUGGGGGCUCACUUUUUAUUACAAUUAUUAGGUUUUUUUACUUGAUUACAGAUUUUUUUGAAUAGAUUUCUUGAAUACAGAUUUUUUUUAAAUCAAACGACUACAUUUUUAUCGUAAAAAAAUACAAAUUUUUGGACUUGCACUUUUUUAAAUUUUUUUUGUCGUUCGAAUGAUUAUAAUCAGAUUUGCAAUAUGGUGGGAAAAAUUUAUUGACGCUUUCUAGAUCUUGAGAGCUUUUUUUGACCAAUUUUUAUAAUUUAGAUCUAUCACUCAUCCUCAUAGUAAAUAAAAAUUUAAAACACGCUUUUGACAUGAAAUUUCGUCCAAAAAUAUAUUAAUGCCUUUGGAAGACGAUUUUUGAUAAUAUUAUUUUGCUUUCCUUGAAAUUUCGAGCUUCCCAAGAAUCUUUCGAGUUUUUCAUUAUUGGUAGAUCAAUAUUCAAAAGAAGAUAGAAAAAAAAAUAAUAAAAUUUUGACGCGAAGAGCCGUUUUCAUGUGGAUGUAGGCCAUUUCUAAUUUUUCUGCGUCUUUCGAACAGGACAUUUUUUUGCUUUUGGUUGAAACUUUGUGAUGAAGUUUUAACUGCAGGACCUUAAAAAUUCAGAAAAAGUAUCGUGAUAACUUUUUUUAUAAAAAUAAUCUAUUACGAUAGAUAUUUUUCUUGUCCUGUUUCCAAGAGGUUCUCAAGCACAAUUUUGAUCGAAAUUUUAACCCUGGGAGAAAAAAGUUCCCACGUUAGCCCAAUUAUCGAAUUUUCGAAUAUUUUCGUAACAUUUAUAUGGGAAAUUUUUCUCAACGGUCCAUUUAUUCUCAUAAUUCGAUAAAUGUGCUAACUACGUGUGAAAAACCAUGCGUUUGCAUCGAUUUUUUCGUCAUUUUCUGUUUUUUUUUCUCUUUUUUUUCACUUUGUGUUCGUUUUCAGGGUUCUAAUUCAAUUUCAGCUGCCUAAAUGAGCCAGGGGGUCGCUCGUAACCCCUCAGCCUCAGGUAGCUCCUGUUUGAGUCGUCCCGGCUCAUUAAGAUGUAAUUUUUUUCAUUAUUUUUUUCUCACAAGGAGGGGAAUUUUCUUUGGAUACUCCUGAAAAAUUGGUCAGAAUAUUUAUUGAUUAAGCAGAAAGUCUUUUUUGAAAAAGGACGCCUCGAAGUCAGAAAAAAGCUAAAAAUCCGUUAAAAUAUUCUAUUGUUAGCCCUUAUUUCUUGAGAAAUUUUGCAGAUUAAGACUUUCAGAAUAUUUCUCUGUACUUUAAGGAGCUUUCUGACCCGUUUUCAGGAAAUUAUCAAAAAUAAAGUGAAAUUACCUUCCUUGGUAACUCUUUUUUCAAUAUUCUAUGAGGAAAAUGUUUAGCCGACGAUUCAAAUUCGCCGCAGCCGCGAAAACUCGAAGUCGUUUCAAAGCAGGCGACCAAAGUGACGGCCUUGUCAACGAAAUUGGAAUGGAAAAUUGAGCAGGUUUGCUUUUUUAUAAAAUUCUUAUUGCCAUGUUCAAAGUCAUUCCUUGAGUUUCAAAAAAUCCGUGAAAGAUAACUAAUUUUGAGAGUUACGGAAUUUCAAGAUAUUUACAUUAAACACGGCUUUAGUUUGUUAAAUUGGACUUUUUUUUCGGUUUCGGUGACUUUUUCCAUGGAAGUUUAGCAUAGAAAAUUCGCUAUUAGUCUUUUUUGCGAAUUAGGUUGACUCUGGAGAAUAUAUAUUUACAGUUUCUGUUUUUUUCUCGAAUAGAAAAGUAAAAAGAUUUAUUGAAGCUAUGGAAAAAAAGUUCCUUGAGAAAUAACAUGAAAAAAACAAAAGUUCGAUAUAUUUUUUUCUAAAAAGCGUUGAUGAAAAAUUAAUUUCCUUACAAUUAAUUUCAAAAAAAUCAAAAAUAAUUUAGUUUUAAGAGCUAAUCAACUUAGUUAUCUCGUAAGAAUCCUUGUAUAUUUAUGAAAAAAAUUAUUUAAUUUAGCUCGAAAAUCUUACUUUUCAAUAAGCUUUAAAAAAAUUGAUUUAUAGAUUAUGAAGCUGAUAAGCUUAUUCAAACCUUAAAUAUUUUUACAAAAUUGAGAAUUUGAAAUAAUGCUGAAAAAAAUGAUUGAACUAAAAUAAUUGCUUAAAAAAAUUAGAAAUUUUCUGUUCCUAACUAGGGAACGUUUUUUUACUCCCGGAUUGAAUUUUUGAUAAAACUUCAGUGAAGUUAGAACCCCCUUAUUACAGAACAAAAAGAAAUUUCUCGCAAGAGAUCUCGUUUUCGAGUUAUGAAGCUUCAGAAGCUUAAAAUAGCGCUUUUUUGUUAUAAUUUGCGUAUUUUAUGGAAUUUGGAGGUUCAUAACUCGGAAACGAAAUUAUUUUUUAUUUUGCGAGAAAUUUUCUUCUAGUUCUGAAUUCAGGGGGUCCUAAAAGUACACUUCAGCAAAUUUUUCAUCAAAAAAAUUCAAGCGGGCGAGGGGGGGUAAAGAACGUUCCGUGGUAAGAUUUUUUUAAAUCAUCAUCAAUCAUCAAUAUUUAUUGGUUGUUUUUAGUCAAAUAAAAUCGACUAGGCGGUGAAAAAAAUUGCUCUUUUGAGCGGCACUAACACCGCCUUUGGCGAAAAAGAAGUCAAAACGUGUUUUAAAUCAUCAUCAAUCAUCAAUGAGCUUGGUUAUUGUAAAAAUUGUAUCCAUAGUCAAAUUUUAAGGAUUUUUUGUAUUCCAGUUCGAGAAGCUGAUGAAAUUGGUGAAGAACGGACACAACCUGGUCAGUCACCAGUUCGGGGUGCCCCAGGCCCCCACAGUCUGUUGGGAACUCCACGUCUAUCCCAACGGAAAACGAGAAGAAGACCAGAAUAAUGUCUCGUUUUUCCUGCGACAAGUCGGCCUGCAGGUGGUUGGGCGCUUCUCAACGAGAAAUUGAUCGAAAUUGAUCAUUUUUCAGCGCGGCGAAGAGCCCAUCAUGACCGAAUUCCAAAUCUACGCCCUCGACGGCAGCUCCCAGAGGGUCAGCGUUUGCCGCGACACCAAGGAUUUCACCAAUCAACAGGGUCGAGGCAAAUUUCAGGUAAUUUUGAACGGGGAAUUGGGAAAAUUUCACUUUUGUAACGUUUUUUUGACCUUCAACAUGGGUUUAGAACUGAAAAAAAAGGAAAAUAAAAAUUUUUUUUCGACUUUUUAACUAAAGUAGUUAACCAAAAAAAUGUUCUAAUUGAUUCUGCUUCUUGAGUUUUUUAAGGUUACAAGAUUAAUAUUACGAAUUAACAGAGCAAAGGCGAAUUUCUGGUACUCCUACGGAAGGAUUUUGUACUGAAAAAUGGGAAAAUUUCGGUUUUAGACUAUUAAUUUAACUUUUAACUAACGGAACUCGCAUUGAAAAUACGAAAUUUUCCAAUUUGUGUUUUUCUUCGAGUUUCAACUGAAGAAUUAAACGACAAAUGUUCUUAUCAAUUUUGCUUGCCACUUUUUUUAUUUGAAAAAAAUGGAAAAAAAUUCCAGUUUGUAACAUUUUUUUGGCUUCAUCUGAUGAAAUUCGAACGAAAAAAAUAGAAAAAAACGUCAGUUUUUCAGCCAUUUUUUUCGAACUUUUUACUCUAAUUCGACCUGAAAUCAAUUUUUUUCUCCUUGUAACCACCAUUUUCUUGACAAAAAGAUCAAUUAAUGACAGGAAAAAGUUUAAAAAAAUAGUUUAGAAGUUUGCUUAUCUUCAUUUUGAGAAAAAGUCCAGUGACAUGCAAAAAAAUUGAAAAAAAUGCCCUUUUUCAGCUCCAAAAAUCAAUUUUUAUUACCUUUCAAUGCAAAGUUUAUUGAAGGGAAGUUUUUGUUUAUCUUUCAGAAAAAAAGAGAAAAAUUUUCAGGUUUCCCGAGAAAAAUGA